AAGACCAAAAUGUUGCCAAACAUUCACAAUGUCAGAUGUUACUAAUUUAUUUAAAGCGACAGUCAAAACUAUAAAAAGUAGAAAUAAGAUUUCCAAGGAAAAUGGAAAGAAAGAAAUGACUAAUAUUUUCCCUGUUACAAAACAGAGGAGUGAUUUUGAAAACACAGCAAAAGGACUGGUAUCAACCAUUACACAGCUGAAGGAUUUUUUACUGAAGCACAGAAAGGAUUAUGUAAAUGCAGGAAGUUUCUUGUCCUCAGAUGUAUCAUCACUAACUGACACAGAAAGAGAUCAGAUUGACACAGAAGCUCAGACUGUCAUCAAGAAAUGUCAACAGACCAUUGUUAUGUUUAAAAAGGAUGCCCAUCAUCAGAUUGUUCAUCCUCAAGUGAAGGAACACAGAGAUCACGUCAUUAGAAUUAUAGAAGAUUAUCUCAAAGUUGUAUGCAAGGUAUACAGUGAGCAAAAGGCUGUGAGAGUAAAAAGAGUUGUUGAUAAAAAACGAAUAUCUAAAUUGGCACCAGAAAGAAAAGCAAAACAAAGAAAAAUUAAUACAAAAGCUGAUUUAGAAGAGGGUGACAAAUCUAAUUCUUCUAUAGAUGCUGUUCCUGCCCGACCAUCAAACAUUGAUAUAGAUCACACUUCACCAGUCAAAGAUGACAGUUUUUCACCUGAAGAAGCUCAAAUGUUUGAGCAAGAAAAUGCAGAGUUAUUCAAUGAACUGAACAGUUUGGUUAGCGAAGUAAGCCAGAUAGAAGGGAAAGUUUUAGAAAUAGCUAAGUUACAGGAAAUUUUUGCUGAAAAAGUAUUAGAACAGGAAACAGACAUAGACAGUAUUGAACAGACCACAGUGGGUACAACAGAGAAUAUUACUAAAGGAAAUGAAGAAAUAAGAGAGGCAAUAAAGAACAGUGCUGGCUUUAGAGUGUGGAUUUUAUUUUUCCUUAUAACAUGCACUUUGUCAUUACUAUUUUUAGACUGGUAUAAUACCUAGCUAUAUAUAUAGUAUUUCUGUUAACAUUGUUUUUUUGUGCAAUAUUAUAAAUAUUGGAUUUUAGUAUGCUUGAUAUACAAGUGAUUUGUUUGUUGAAUGAAAGAUAUAUUAAAUGUUACGCUUAUUGUUUGUGCCUUACUAAUAAAUGCCAAUAAUGUA